UUCACUUGCCAUCGUAGAGUGUCAUUGGAAAGGCAACCCAUCCAGAGCUAACCGUGUGGUCCUUCUGGAGCAACUUUACGGAGCGGCAAGAAAGGGAGCCUACAGAAUUCCAUCGGAAGGUGGUCCACUGAAACUAAGAGCCACUCGUACCUGAGACCCCGGCGUAACCAUGGCAGACGAGGCGGACAUGCGCAAUGAGCUCACCGACCUGCAAGAGCGCGCCGACCAGCUGGCAGAUGAGUCACUGGAGAGCACCCGGCGUAUGCUUGCGCUGGUGGAGGAGAGUAAAGAUGCCGGAAUCAGAACUCUGGUUAUGCUCGAUGAGCAAGGAGAGCAACUUGAUCGUAUUGAGGGGGGCAUGAACCAAAUCAACAAAGACAUGAAGGAGGCCGAGAAAAGUUUAAAAGAUCCGGGGAAAUGCUGUGGAAUUAUGGAAAUGUGUCCUUGUAGCAAACUGAAGGAUCGCGGUCAGUCCUGGGCCAACAACCAGGACGGCGUGGUGUCCAGUCAGCCUGCCCGUGUGAUGGACGAAAGGGAGCAGAUGGCCAUCAGUGGGGGCUACAUCCGCAGGGUAACAGACGACGCCAGGGAGAACGAGAUGGAUGAGAACCUGGAACAAGUGGGUGGCAUCAUCGGUAACCUGCGUCACAUGGCUCUGGACAUGGGCAACGAGAUCGAUACUCAGAACCGCCAGAUCGACAGGAUUAUGGAAAUGGCUGAUUCCAACAAGACCCGGAUUGAUGACGCCAACCAGCGUGCCACAAAGAUGUUGGGCAGUGGCUAACUUCCUCCUAUACAAGAAGUGCUUUCACCCCCCCUCCCCCCAGCCAAGUACCCACCUACGCUGUACCUGCCAUGGUACACAUGUGCUUUUAUCAUGGUUAUUCACCCGGUCCCGAUACAGUAGGUUUGCACACAGGCACAUAUCUGUCCCUACUGACUCCUGUAGAGAAAAAAAAAAUGUUGUCCUGUAUCGUCUGUCUUGGCCUCUUUACUGUAAACGAUAGUGCUGGUAAAUGAUUACUGU